AGGCCCCGCCCCCUGCCGCCUCCUGAUAAACGAGUCCGGCCUCGGGCGGCUCCACAUGGAACCGCAGACCCGGACUGGGUCAGGAUGGAGCUGAAGGACUUUGGACGCUUCCUCGGUUCACCAUGCCCCCUGCGCUCUUCCUCCUCAUCAUCCUCCCAGUCCCCCCCCCUCUGCCCCUCUCCGCUCUUCCUCCUCUCCAGUCCAUCCUCCUCUUCCUCCUGCGGGGACCAGACUCCUGACUCUCCAGCAGGGUGCAGUUUCAGCGGAAGCCCUGCAGGGGGCGCCGUGGAGUUUCGGUCGGACUCUUUUUCAGUGAAGGUGGAGUGCCGGGCCCCGAUGGGGCCCCUGGGGCCCAAGCGGCUCUGUCUGGUCUGCGGAGACUUUGCUUCUGGUUACCAUUACGGCGUGGCGUCCUGCGAGGCCUGCAAGGCCUUCUUCAAAAGGACCAUCCAAGGCAACAUCGAGUACAGCUGCCCGGUGACGAACGAGUGCGAGAUCACGAAGCGGAGGAGGAAAGCCUGCCAGGCGUGUCGCUUCCAGAAGUGUCUGCAGGCCGGGAUGAUGCGGGAAGGGGUGCGUUUGGACCGGGUCAGAGGAGGCCGGCAGAAGUACCGGAGGCGGGUGGAGACAGGCGGGGCUUCCUGCGGUAAAGCUCCGUUCAGCCUGCCGCUCGGCUCCAGGAACAAGCUGAUCUCCCAUUUGCUGCUGACAGAGCCCGCCCCGCUGGCAGCCAAUCAGGACGACUCGACCGACGACGGCAGCCUGCGGACCCUCCUGACCCUCUGUGACCUUCUGAACCGGGAGCUGCUGGUUCUGAUUGGCUGGGCCAAGCAGAUUCCAGGUUUCUCUGAGCUCUCAUUGGUGGACCAGAUGUCGCUGCUGCAGAGCGGCUGGAUGGAGGCGCUGCUGGUGGGCGUGGCCUGGCGCUCGCAGGGCAGGUCGGGGGAGGAGCUUGUGUUUGCGGGAAACCUGCGCCUGGACGAGGCUCAGUGCCGGGCCGCCGGGCUGGCGGCUGUAUACCAGGAAGUGCGCCACCUGGCGGCCAGGUACCGGGCGAUGAAGAUGAGCCCAGAGGAGGCGGUGACGAUGAAGGCCAUGGCGCUCGCCAACUCAGACGCCGAACCGCCGGACUCUCCGGACUCGCUGCAGCGGCUCCAGGACGGCCUGCAGGAGGCGCUGCAGGACUACGAGUGUUCCCGCGGGGAGCCGCACCGGGCGGGCCGGCUGCUGAUGAGCCUCCCGCUGCUGCGGCAGAGCGCCGCCCGCGCCGUGGACGCCUUCCGGCGGCUGCACCGCCAGCGCCGCGUCCCCAUCCACAAACUGCUGCUGGAGAUGCUGGACGCCAAGAGCUGAGCAGCUUCUCUUCACAAACCGUCCUGGUUCCAUCCUGCCGUCUUUAGCGAGGUCGUCCAGGUCAGACGACAACUUCACUUCCGGGUCAAUAAGAGGGAAGAAAGGCAGAACAUGUGACCAAACUGCACGGAACCAGAAGACAAAAACUGGAUUUCUAGCAGGUUUGCAAAAUGGGAAUAAAAUAUCCACAUUUUUAAUCAAUAAACGAUCAAUAUCAG